AUGAUGCCACAUCGUUUUUAUUAUUAUGACUACAAAGCUGGUCAAGGACAUACAUAUCAAGCAUGUCGACACUAUUUUGAUAAACAGUUAAGAAUUAUGCCAAGAGUUUUGAUGGAUGUUAGUGAAAUUUCAUUAAAAACAACUAUAUUUGGAUCGAUAUAUGAAUCACCAAUCCUAAUUGCUACGUUUGCUUGUCAUUGUCUUGCUCAUGUUGAUGGUGAAGUUGCCACAGCUCGCGCCGCAACUGAAGCUCAAUGUAUUUUUACGUACAAUUGGACGUUUUCAAAUAUGCCAGAAGAAGAAGUUCUACAAACACUGGGUCCAAAAUUUUUACAUAUUUAUCUGACAACACCUAUAGAAAUCUUAGAACAAAUAGUUCCACAAGCUGAUAAAAAAGGAUACCGAGCAAUUGUUAUUACAUGUGAUCAACCACAUGAACGUAUUCGAGAUUUUGUAUUACCAUUAUUUGAAGAAGCAUCAAAGAAUAUCGAUCCAGAAUUAAUGAAGAGUAUGUCAAUACCAAAUUUGAAUAUACCUGGUAUAAUCGUUAAGCAGCGUUUUGGCACCGGUUCAGUAACAUGGGCAAAUAUUGAAUGGUUAAGAAAAUUGACACAGUUACCAAUUAUUUGCAAAGGUAUACUCUCACCGAUUGAUGCAGAAUUAGCAAUUAAAUAUGGAGCAAAUGGAAUUAUUGUCAGUAACCAUGGUGGUCGACUAAUUGAUACAGCACCACCAGCUAUUGAAUGUCUAGAAGAUGUCAUCAAUGUUGUGGAUGGACGUGCAGAAGUAUUUGUUGAUACUGGUAUUCGAAGUGGAACUGAUGUGUUAAAAGCAUUAGCAUUGGGCGCACGAGCUGUUUUUAUCGGUCGGCCGAUUUUAUAUGGAUUGGCUAGUGGUGGACAAGAUGGUGUUCGAAGAGUAUUAGAUAUAUUAAAACGUGAAUUAGUUUAUGAUAUGGCUUGUUGUGGAUUAACAUCGAUUGAUCAAAUUAAUAAAGAUAUUCUUUAUAAACAUUAA